AUGAGCAUGAAGGCCCCACCCACCCUCCUGCAGCUGGCAGGGCAGAGCCUGCUAAGGAAUGAGGCCCUGGCCAUCUCUGCUCUGCAGACACUGCCCAUGGAGCUCUUCCCUCCUCUCUUCAUGGAGGCCUUAACCAGGAGACACACUGAGGUCGUGAAAGCCAUGGUGCAGGCCUGGCCCUUCUCCUGCCUCCCCCUGGGACCCCUGAUGAAGGCAGGAGAACUGGAGACCUUACAGGUUGCCCUGGAUGGGAUCGACAUGCUGCUUGGCCAGCAGGUUUGCCCCAGGAGGUGGAAAUUACAGGUUUUGGACCUGCGAUCUGUGCACCAGAACUUCUGGAAGGUGUUUUCUGGAGCCAUGGUUGAGUACUGCAUAUCACAGACCAAGGGCAAGAACAAAGCAUUGGACAUCCCUCCAAGGACAGGGGUGAAGCCGUCCUUGAGGCUGAUAGUUGACCUUAACUUGGAGCUACAUGACCAGGAUAAACUCCAAAUACACCUGUUUGAGUGGGUCCAGCAGAGAAAAAGAUCAAUACAGCUGUGCUGUAGGAAGAUGCAGAUUUGGGGACUGUGCACCUGCGGCUCCAGGACAUGGCCCAUCCACAGGGUCCUUGGUCUGUUGGAGCUGGACUGGAUGGAGGAGGUGGAAAUGAAUUGUCCCUUGAUGCUGUACACACUGGCUACGUUUGCUCCUUACCUGGGCCAGCUGAGAAACCUGCGCAAACUUCGCAUCUCUCAAAUCUUUGUUCUGGCAUGCAUUUCUCCAGAACAGUAUGAGCAGCUUGUGGCCACCUUCACUUCUCAGUUCAGCAAACUCAGCUGCCUCCAACAGCUCUGUGUAAGCAGGGCCUACUUCCUGCAUGGCCACCUACAGCAGGUGCUCAGGUGCCUGAAGACCCCCUUGGAGUCACUGUCAAUCACUCACUGCCAGCUUGCAGAAUCAGACUUGGAACAUCUGUCGCAGUGCCCAUGCAUCCACCAACUAAAACACCUGAGUCUGAGAGGAGUCCCACUGAUCUCUGUGCGAUAUGAAGCCCUCCAAGUUCUGCUGGAGAGAGUUGCAGACACCGUGAAGACCCUGGACUUAGAAGACUGUGGGAUUAGGGACCCCCAGCUCACUGCCCUCCUGCCUGCCCUGAGCCACUGCUCCCAGCUCACUAUGUUCAGCUUCUUUGGGAACCACAUCUCCAUGUCUGUCCUGAAGGACCUACUGCACCACACGGCCAGGCUGUGCCAGUUGAGGCAGGAGCUGUACCCUGCCCCUCUGGAGAGCUAUGAUGGGCUGGGUUCUGUGGUCACAGAGAGACUUACCCAACAUUGUGCUGAGCUCAUGGAUACACUGAGGGCCAUAAGGAAGCCCAAGAUGGUGCUGUUCGGUGGCCUGGAUCUCAGAGGAGCACGGGUGGGAAAUGGAUGGGUUAGUGAUGAACUUGUGUCCAGACCCAUCAGGAUAAGCACCGAGGCCCCACCCACACUCCAGGAGCUGUCAGUGCAGAUCCUGCUAAGGAACCAGGCCUUGGCUGUUUCUUCUGUAGACAGCCUGCUACUGGGGCUCUUCCUUCAGCUCUUCAAAGAGGCCUUUGCCUGCAGAAACACUGAGAUCCUGAAGGCCAUGGUUUUCCCCAGGAGGUGGAAACUGCAAUACCUGAAGACUGUACACCAGAACUUCCGUAAGGUGUUUUCUGGGGCCAUGGCCAGGGACUGCGUUCCACAGACCAAGAGCAGGAACCAAGCAGUGGAGGGUCCUCCAAGGACAAGGCUCAAACACCUGAGCCUGAGAAGAGUCAUGGGUCCUGAGCCCCUCCAAGUUCUGCUAGAGAAAGUCACAGACAACCUGAAGACCCUGGAUUUGGAGGACUGUGAGAUCAGAGACCCCCGGCUCACUGCCCUCCUGCCUUCCCUGAGCCACUGCUCCCAGCUUACCACAUUCAGCUUCUUUGAGAACCACAUUUCCAUGUCUGUCCUGAAGGACUUGCUGCACCAUACUGUCAUGCUGAGCCAGUUGAGCUAG